GACUCUUCGAAAUAUAAGUUCCUUCGUUCUCUGUAUUCUUGCAUCUAUUAGGUUAAGAAGAUGUGUCCGUUGAGGUUCGUAUUGGUGUUCUUCUCAGUAGUACUCGCUGGGUAUUUCGCUUGGAAGACGGUGGAUUCUUCUCUAGAGCUUAACUCAGAAGGCUCACCGGUGGAAGCCAAGGAGAAAGAUGAUAAACAAGGACUCGGUUUCAAGAGGAAGAUGUAUAAUGGAUUCUGGAUGUUUGUUGAUAUGGCUAGCGGAAGGUACCUUUGGAGAAAUUUCAAGGCGAUAUGAAGUCAAUG